GCUCCGUCAGGUCGACCCUCCUCCUCCCUCCUUCCUUCCCUCCGCAGCUGGGACGCCUAGGUCUGGCUCGUCCCCAGCCGUCCGGCCGCCCUGACUCUUGCCCUAUUUCCCUCCUUCCCUCAGAGGAUGUCGGGCCUCCAGAUUAACUUAAGCCCGCUUAAGGAGCCCCUGGGCUUCAUCAAGAUUCUCCAGUGGGUAGCUGCCAUUUUUUCUUUUGCCACUUGUGGAGGUUUUAAGGGCAAGACAAGUUUCAAAGCUUCCUGCCCAGGUCAGACUAAAAAUGAGACAAUUGAAGCUGCCUUUGCCUAUCCAUUCAGGUUGAAUCAAGUUUCACUUCAUGAAACAGCAACACAGGAUCCUCCGUGUGAUGUAACUUGGAGCAGUUAUUUUCUUAUAGGAGAUUUCUCUUCUUCUGCCCAGUUCUAUGUUACAUUUGCAGUCUUGGUCUUCCUAUACUGCAUUGCUGCACUUGUACUUUAUAUAGGUUAUAUGAACCUAUAUCGAGAGAGUCGAAAAAUUCCCUUUACUGACUUCGUUAUUACUCUUAUUGCUGCUUUCUUAUGGUUGGUGAGCACUUCAGCCUGGGCUAAAGCUGUGACCGACAUUAAGAUGACCACAGGUGAAAAUCUUAUUGGUCAGAUUGACUCAUGCAAUAAUAAAGGUGUACAGUGCUCCUCUGGCUCUGUGACCAAUAUGGGAUCUCUGAAUGUAUCUGUGAUCUUUGGUUUUCUGAACAUGAUACUUUGGGGAGGAAAUGCUUGGUUUGUAUAUAAGGAGACCAGCUUGCACGGUCAGUCAAACGUUUCUACCCAUGGCGCAGGAACAGUUGCACCUCCUACAGGAAUGUAAUUAAAGGAAAGAACUACACUGUGUGAAAUUAGAAUAUAUUCUACAACAUAUUGCCAGCAUCUUUAGAGACAAUGCAAUUUGUUUCCAAUAAAAGUAAUGGUGUUUGCAAUAAAUUGAUGGAUUGAAAAUUCUGCUAGUUUUUACAUGAAAUAUGUGUCUUAGAUACAAAUUUUGGAUGUAAAUGUUUCAAUUUGUAGACUCGAAGAUCUAGGGAUUUAUUAUGAGGUUGUAUACGUAAAAAUAAAUGUGCAGUUUCUUCACUAAAUUUUUUGCAUAGCAAAAGUGUUUACCCCUUAGGCCUUAACACAUGUAUCUUUAUUCAGGAAGUGGAUGUAUGAGUCUAUUUUAAAAAAAGAAGAAACUGCAUUUGAGUUACACACUACUGUAAGUUUGUACAGUUCAUAUGCUUUAAGACCUGUCUUUGUUUAAAAAAGGCUUAUUGCAUUAUAAAUAUAGCAUAGCAAAAAAAAAAAGUGUUUAGUUCAGAACUUAAAUCUAAAUACGGUUCAUAUUAAACAAAAAUUCCUGAAUGCAGAGAUAGGUUUUAAAAUAAAUAACUUUAAAUACUUAAUAGUUGUACAAAAAUUGUUUUGAGAAUGGAGAUCGGAAAUUUCAAGUGUGUAUAAAUGUUCUUUGAUAUGGUUAAUACAGUAAUUCUACAAUUCGAGGUGUUUACAUUAUACUGGUUGGUUUCUUAGACUAAGUGUCCUCUCAAUAUGAUUCACCUAGACACUUUGAAAAUUGCAGGUAUAGUCUUAUUAAUAUUUGUCCUCUGUUAUUCAUGCUACUUGGUUUCAGGAUGGGAUAAUCCUACAAGUGUAGAAAAAAAUUUAAGUUUUUUCCUUUUUUUUUUUUUAACCCAUUCAGAGGAGAGAAGAAAUUAAGUUUGUUUUUUACUUUUGAGAUGCAUUUAAAUGUUUAGAGUCAAUGAAGUUACUAUUGGAAGCUUAGCACUGAUAUUAUGAAAAUAAGAAAUGAGAUCCAAAUUUCAUUUUUUUUAAUGUUCUCAUUCUUACUACAUAAAUGGAUGAUUUAAAAAAUUAUGUAUGUGUGGUAAACAAAGGAACACAAGUGAGCUAGCUAUAUAAUGGGUGCCUGUUUCUUUGUACACAUAUUUGGUUGUAUUUUGGAUAUGCACAAGUCAUUCGCAUUAUUUGCUAAUCUUUAUAGUUGCAUUGUACAGAAAUUCAGAUUUUUUUCUUCCACAUUGAUUAUUACUUUGUGAAGCACAACUCACUGUUGCCACAUUUUUGUUGCCUUUAUUCAUGACAAGAAUUGUCCGUGUAAGAAAUGUAUGUCUUUUAUGCAGCCAACUUAAUAAAAAAAAGUUGAAAAAUGA